GGUGGUUUGGUUUUGGACAAAUUGAGCCUUGGGCCCCUAGCGUGCGGCUGCAGGACUGACUGCAGGUUAUGUGUGUGCAGUGCGUGCAGACUGCAGAUUGGAUUGGAUCCAGGCUGCAGUGCAGUGCCGUGCCGCAGUGAGGUCGAGACUCUGUCGAGGCUGAGAUCAGAUGGCGCCAGAGAAGGGUCGCAGCGCCUGAUGCACCGAGGAAGAUGGUGGAAAAGGAAAGAAAAGAAAAGAAGAGAUUAGGAGGAUAUCCGCCGGCCACAGGCAGCGAGGUGGGAUGAUGGGUGAGGAGGAAGAGGAAGUGGAAGAAAGAGGUUACAGAAGAGGGUCGCACAGAAGAUGACAACGAUGGCCGCCUGGAACAAUGCAAUGCAUGCGUCUCGGACUUGUGUCGCUCUCCCUCUUUGCCACGCACAGACUUUCGAAAGGCCAGUCAAGCAAGUCAAGCAGAGCCGAAUCAGAGAGAAAGGCUCUGUCUGUCGGAUUGAUUGAUGCGAGUCUCACAAGGUCAGCGAGUACUGAUUGUAGCGCUCCAGCAGGCGCACCGGGAAGCAACUCCAGCGAUUCGGGGGAUCAAAAGGGGGUUGUCGUUUCGUUUCGUCGUCGGCAGUCCAGGAGCAGGAGAGGAGACCAGGCGGUGGUGGUGGAAGAUCUGUUUCCCCAAUCGUCGUUUUUGUCUCUGUUUCAAUCAAUCCCUGUCUUCCCGCUUUCCCCUUCUUCUCUUUCUUUUUUUCUCUGCUUUUUCUAUUUUUUUUUUUCCCUUCUGAUUCUUCUUCCCUUCAGCACAAUCCGCGCAUAUUCCUGGAUCGAACAAGACGCGGGCGAUUGCAGCGAUUCGGAUGAGGGCGAAAUGAUCGGGUGUAACGCCAAUAGGGAGCAGGGCAAGGAUGAUGCGAUGCACGAGACCCGGCAGCGGCAGCGGCAGCGCUGGUCAAAUCUCGAUUGCCCGGCCUGGUGAUGUUGAUUGGACGGCUCGACGGCAUUCCAGGGAAGGGAGAGAGAAUUGUGAAUGGCCACGGCAAGGCAAGGCAAGGCAAGGCAAGGCUCUCUGGUUUCGGGUUCGGCGUCGGCCUCGUGGAUUCUGUU